AUGGCGUUCCGGUACCUGUUGAUCGUCGCAAGCGUAGUUCUGGCGUCUGGACUGGCAGCAGCCAGCCCAGCAAACAAGCCGGCUUUCUGGAAAGGUACACCGAUGGACGGUAUGGUUGAGGAGAUGCGUUCGCUUUGCAGCUCGGAGAACGAUUCAGUCGCCUGUACGAAGUUUAAGAUCAUGAACUUCCUCGAUACGGUUUUCAAGAAGGACAGCUUCCAGGUAUCCGAUGAUGUUGAAGUUCGCAGCAAUGGAGCCCUCGUGAGCGAGGGUCGUGCACCAACCGGUGUGUUGGAGCAGAUCGAGAACUAUCUGCGCAGCCACGACGUUACCUUCAAGAUGCCGAUUGCCGGUGCUCGUGUGACUGUGUCGCCACGCAACCUCGAACAGGAUGAGCUGAACGUGACGUUCAACUUCCCGGCUGGAAAUGGCCGUGGCAUUGAGGCACGCAAAUCCAAGCUAAAGAAGAUCGUCAUUCCGAUCAUGGUGUUUAUCCUGCUGAAGGCUAUGACUCUCAUCCCGAUGGCACUCGGUGUGCUUGGUCUGAAGGCGUGGAACUCGCUCCAACUGUCGUUCUUCUCGUUCGUUGUGUCGGUCGGUCUAGCUAUCUUCCAGCUUUGCAAAAAGCUGGCCGCCGAUAGCCAUCAUCCGCACAUUGCCGCCCACGGACCAUGGGAUGCGGGUCGAUCCUUCGUUCAGCCCAACUUCGAUGGUCAGGAUAUUGCGUACAGUGCCCACGCAUAA